UCUUGUUCUGUUGUUGUUACGGAUCAAUGGAUCAUUAUUUUACACGUGAUAAUAUGUCUGUAAUAAAUAUGGACUAUGUUUUCAAAGACAAAAAAUUACGCUUGAUGCUCACUGAGGAUAAAGCUGACAUUGCCCUUUCCCCUCAACAUCCUCCAUCACAGAAGUCGACUAGAAUAAUCUAACGAGCACCUCACAGUUCUGUAAACAGGGCUAAUCAUCAACCUCGGAGCGAAGGAGUGGGGGGCAGAGCCGAGCAGUUCUAACUGCUUGCAAACUCCAAAAAUGUAUGGGUUGAGUCUAAGGAAACAUCUGGUACAGACUGACAUAACCUAACCAGGGUAUGAAUCGAGAGAGAGGAAGACAUUACAUGGCAGAGUAGUGGAUAUUUCUCAUUGGUUGGACAGAUAGGAUCACCGACCACAGCAACUUCAUUCAACACAGAUUAUAUGAGGCAUUAACUUUGGGAGGAGGCACUUCAGACUAUUCAGUUUGAUGAAGAUUUCAAUGUUGAUGGGAUCUUCAUCGAACCACCUGAAGCUACUUGAGUGGACGGCAGCAUAAAGAAGGGGCCGAAAUAGUUUCUAAGAAUGAAUAUUUGGGACGUUCUAGUGAUAAUUUAGAGAAAGUGGUGAUGAUGACAAUUCUUAUAAAUAUUUACCUCAAAAAAAAAAAAAAAAAAAAAAUGUGAGAGACAAAAAGUGAAAAGAAAAUAAGAAAACCAAUGCCUGGCUAAUGUAUAAAAAGCUGGGGAAUAACAUGUGCCAACUUCAGUUCCUAGAGGGAAGUACUGUUGCACUGACAUACCUUGAGUGGUAUAAGAAACCUCUACAGACAGGUGGGCAUCCCAUCCCAUCUCAACACGAUGCACUUCUACAGUUUUCAGGGUCACUGAUGCUUUGUGAUUUGAUGGAGCAAAACAGUACAUUUCUCAGACACGUCAAUGAAGGAGAUGUGGAUAUGAAAACUGUACAUCACGUCUUUGUAGAAAUCUGCCGCCUGAGAUCUUAACUACUGAUUAACGCCAGUGUGAAGUUCAGUGUCACUAUUGAAACGCUGCGUUGCGAGCCAGGUCUUCAUCGCUGGAGAGAGGUGGUCGUCGCUUGGUGCCAGAUUUGUGCUAUGAGCUUGAUCUGGAAUUAAGACUACAAAAAGACCUCAAGUCUUAAACUAUUAUAAGAAAAUUUGAGGAGUACUGAUUAUCAUGGCAUCCUGGUGGCCGGCCUCCAAAAAAAGGAACCUAGUGCCCAGAUACAUCAAAGAGACUUAUCCCGGAUUCGUAUCAGAACGCAUUAUGAAACCGAGAAUGGAGAUGUAUGAAGCUGGACUUAUGCAGCAUGAACAUAAUGUUUUUGGAUUGAACCGAACUAUGUGUUUUGACAGAGAAACAACAUUACAUUUCAUAGUUGACAGAGACAUUAAAAUUGAGAUUUAUAUAGAUCGGAGUGUACGAUUGGUUGACAGAAAGUUUCGUGUGGCAGCAAGUUUUAACACUGCAAAUGAAACCUCAAUCAUACAUCCUCUACUGCGUGCGAGCGUGACAAAUUUGUACAUACAAGGAAUGUGCGCUCCAUUGACAGAAUUCAACAGGUUUACAGGUUUGUUCAGAAUUGAUAGUUUUGAUAAAAAUACACCUCUUGUCAGCUCAAAGGAGUAUGCAAUUAAUUUUACAACUGUAGAAAAGUUGAAAUAUAAUUGCAUGUACACUCUAGAUAGAGUGAGUGUGAAGACUACAAGGCCAGUCGGUUUUAUAGAUUUUUAUCACAACUUUUCCAAAAAUAUAUUAAAAAAGAACAAAGAACGUUUUAACAGUGAAAAAGUGAGAUCUGAUUUCCGAGAAACAGCUAGAGAAAUGGUCAGUGAAGGAAAUCAAAUAAUGUACCUUAGAGGUUAUGAAGUUGUUCUCACACCUAUGGGAAGUAUUAUAAUCAACGACUUGAUGGCUCUUGGAUCCAUGGAGAAAGUCUAUAAAUUGGAAUAUAAUCCAACUGAUCUGAAACUAGAGGUGUUGGGCCAUCAGAGUUGGCUGUAUGCAAACUUCAGUACAAAAGUCUGUAAAGUAAAAAAGGGAGGUGCUUCAGUCUAUGUAAAACAUGAUAUAUGUAUUGCAAAUGCAUAUAACAAUAAAGCAGCACUACUACCAGAUGGAACCUUUAAAGUAAUUGGAACUGAAGAUGUCUCUCAUCGUUCUUUGUAUACACAUUAUGCCAAAAGGGUUGCCCAGAAUCAACAAUGAUUGAUUGACAGCAAAGUAUUUUUUUAUGAACAGUACAGUAGUUCUCCUGACAAAAUGUUAAAUAGUUCAUGUAAAAAAUUAUUGUUAGUACUGAAUUUAUUAUUAUGCUUUCAAAUUUGUGAUUAAAUUAAUUAAA